CCUCUUAUACCUUUUGCUUUUCAACGUCUACAUCUGACAUGUAUAAGCAGUAAGAAUAAACUACGAGACCAUAAUCGAGUGGUAAACAACUAGGGAUACAAUAUCAAUCGUUAGCCAAGACUUACAUCUAUGGCAAACCAGAUGUACGCUUUCACGCAGCCAUGUCCAACAUCAACCGUGCCAAUACCACAGCCAAGGGUUAGACGCUCUCGUGCGAGUAAACCAAAGGUCAAAACAGGCUGUUUGACUUGCAAGUAUGUUCUCCGUCACUCUUCGAGUCUUUUCCAUUCGAGCAAUAUACUGAACGUAAUUCAGGUCAAGAAGAGUCAAAUGCGACGAAGCAAAACCGGGAUGUUUGCGAUGUGUUCGAUUCGGACAUAAAUGCGAAGGCUACGCUUAUCUUCAGAAAUCCAAUGUGAAGCCCACCAUUAUAACUAACAUCGCACCCCGAGCGCUCAUACCGAGAACUGGAUAUGUGUCCAUUAGCCCCGCCAUAUCUCCCACUUCUGCGGCUUCAACGUCAUCUUCCAUUUUAUCACAGCCAGAAGUUUCUGUUCCUCCACCAUCAACGUGGAGAAACAAGAGCGCAGAGGAAUGUUUUCGAAAUUUCGUGAGAGAAAUUACAGGGAGUUCGGGGCACUUCGAGGUUUGGCGGGGUCUUAUAUUCUCGGGUUGUCAAUCUUCCUCCCUCGCUUUUGAUGCAGUGCACAUGAUUGGGUCUCUUGAUUUACGGCCAAAGAAUCGAGAGGUUCAAAUAGGUACCUUUAGACACAUGUCUAGUUAUCGCGAGUAUUGUAAUACGAAAUGUUUGACGAGGAAGAGGACAGUACCAUUUUCCGAGGGCCCAGGAAUGGGUGUAGGAAUCAUUGACAUUGAUGUGGAUAGCAGAACAACGCUCAUCACCCACCUUCUUUCUAAUAUGAUGGGUAGCGGCAAUGAAGUAGUCAGUCAGGAAAGAGUUUCAACUAUGUAUUUGGGGCUAAGAGCACUACGUGAGUGGGUGGCUAGGACAUAUAUACCCCAAGGUGGUCAUCUAGGAUCAAUGUCCGAAAAUACUUGUUUGAAGUGCUUUCGUCGCUUGGAAUUGAGAGUCCUACGAUAUACAGAUACAAUACCAGAACAUGCGAAGAGGCCAAGUCUAGGCGAGCUAGAUAUUGAAAUGAUGCCAGGCCGGUUUUCUAAUCUCAAAGAGGCGAAGAAUGAUUUGGAAAGGAUUAUAAUGAAAAGUAUGGAGUGGCUUGCUUCGACUCUCAAACGACAUGAUUUUUCUACCAUUCACAACGACCAGGAUGAUAAUUCUCGGAAUAAUGGACUCUUCUUUGAUAUUGACCCUAAAUUCGAAGAGGAGAAGAGAACCUUGAGAGAAUACGAACGCUGGGAUCGAUCUUUCUCGCCUCUUUUUGAAGAGCGCCGAAAACAAUACCAGUCUAGCGAUAAGUUUCACUGCGACAAAGAUUCGGAUUUGUUAAUAGCAUAUUUAUUAAGGAUAAACUGGUUAUCUGGAUACAUCUUAAUCACCUCAUCUAACCAUCUCAAUAACCUGGAAGUUGGUGAAGGAAGGUUUUCCGCACAACUGCAGGAAUUGAAGGAAAUUGCAAAGAGACUGGGAUCGACACCGAGUUGGAAAAGCGCUCUAGAAGAAAGCGGAGAUUUUGAGCUGGCAACAGUUAUACCAUCGAUGGUUGUGGGCUGGGAGACACGGGAUCGAGAUUUGCGGAGAAUCGCUGUUUCUAUGUUAUUAAGAGGCAAAAAAUACGCUUCUUCGAGAGUUGGUGGAAUGCAAGGGUUUUCUGGUGCUGUGGGGAAAGUCAUGGAGAGGUUGGUAGAGAUAGAAGAGGAUGGUCCUGAGGUGAAUACGGCGCUAGGACGGACAACAUCUGUGGCAGAAGCGACCAAGUGUAAAAAUAUUGAGAUAGGGUAUGAUGCUAUAGCGAGAGUCGCGUAUAUGAGGUGCUGUAAAGAUGAUUCGGCCAUGCGGGGUUUGGCGGUAUUCGAGGGACGGAGGGAGGUUAUUAUCCAUUGUUAGCUGGAGCGUGUUUUGAUUUUUAUUAUGAUGGACGAAUGGUAGGAAUAAAGUCCAAAAUAUUAUAAUGAUGGGACUGGCGUUGGAUAUGUUGGUGGCAGGGGGAAUGGUGAAUUUGAGUGGCUAUUUUGAUGAUCAUUCCAACUCUAAUCUCAGACUAAAACCACACGAAAGUCUUCAAGUUAACAGUACUUAACUUUCCAUCCAUUCGCUUCCAAAACCUACUCGUUAAAGGCAAAUUAAACACAAAUUUUCUCCCAUUCGUACCAAAUCAACGAAUAGUGCCUAGGCACGGGUCACUUAAGCCAAGAAUGAUAGGGUGACAACUACUCCAACUAAUCCAAGGUAAGUGUCGCGCUAGCUAGAUAAGCAACAGCGACAAAACAUCUAGCGAUUAAUAUAGACGCGUGUUCUAUCAACUAGACACAUAUAUAAUAUAAAAUUCGGAGAAACAAGUUCUCAUUAACAAUCUAGCAUCAAUCAUCAAUAUUCAACAUCACAAUGUUGAAUUCAACCAAAUUCUUGUUAAAAGACCUGGUGGGACUAAUCCGCAGUCGCAAGCCUCAGACACACGCUAUUCGUGCAUGGAAAGCCUAUAACAGCCCUAUAAUCUGCCUUGGCGGAUAGUUGUGGCCUGUGAUCGCACAGCCGUAGCUCUAGCUU